CGACUACAACAUCAUGUAUAGCCUUUCCUGCCACUAUUCAGGCUCUCGAUAAACUGUUUUACUAUGUUCCAUCGUCAAGUAGCGGUGGAGUCAUUCCAGUGAAGUGAAAUGCCCCUUGAUGCCUGCGUAAUCUAGGCAACCCCCGGCCGACUGCUGUAAACCAUGGAACCUUCAAUUCACUUCAACACAUAUUUUCAGUUCCACAACACAAUGUCUGCUUCAGGUCUCGCAGGCUAGUUCCCCGCCACCUAUUUUAUUUCUUAUGGUCAGCCGAUUUCUGAUAAAUACUUCGCCCCUCACCUUUCUCUCUCUCCCUCUCAACCAACUCCAACUACAACCCUGGCUGUCUCUCUCUUACAAGACAGCUCUCUUUAUCUCCUGAAUCAGUUCAUCUACGAAUUUCUUGUCAAUCAUGUCUCUCACCGAGAACGCAGUCAUGUCAGACGUCAACCUGAGUACUGCUGACGAGGUUAACGCGCCAGAGUCGCUCCUACUCACACUGCCAAUUGAGCUCCGCCAUAAAAUCUAUGGCUUCGCCUCUCAAACAGAGUUCGGCCCUGCUCGAAAGCUGAGAGAAUGGUUCGAGAAGGUGGAUCGCGAAAAGCAGAUUGCCAAUGGUUGGGUUGCAUGUGAAUAUGCGAACGGUCGUCCACAGCCCGAGACCCUCGCUGAAGACCAACCCAUAGAGGACCAGGACGGUCAAGGUGGAGAUCAGAUCAGUACUGUGCAGGCUGACCAUGACGUUAACUCGGAAGAUGAAAGCUCUGAUGGGGGGGACGAGGAGAUGACCGAUUACAAUGACGACGAUCUGCAUAUGCUCGCCAACGGUGAAUAUGAUAACAUGCCCGGCUACAAUGACGACGACGACCAAGUGCUCACCACCGUUGGGUAUGAUGACAUGCCCGGCAAUAAUGGCGACGAUGACCAAGUCCCGCCCACGAUAGGGUAUGGGCAUGCGUUCUAUGGUGGUUUCGAGCCCCACGCCAAUGCUGGAGUCGGUAGUGUCCACGAUUUUGCCGCACCGUGGAGUCAUCACCCACCGGGCGGAAUUCCCAGCGGGUGGCAUGUCAACAUGCCGGAGGAAGAUCCUGCGGCAGAAUCGGAUCAAGACGCAGGAGAAAGCAGCACUACAUCUGCUGCUGUACCAAGUCAUAUACAACCUCACAUGACAUGGUCCGAUAUAAUAGCGAACAACAACCAGACUGCCAACGAGAUCGAAGCUAUCAAUGAGGACGUCCAGCCCGAGCAGGACGAAGAGGUCGACAACGACAACGAAGCUUCUGAAGAAAAUGAAGCUUCCGAAGAAAACGAAGAUGUUGCCACAGCUCCACCUCAAGACCUUUCGAUCCGACCCGUGGCCCACCGCAAAUGGCAGUUCAUCCCCCUUAUUGUCCAGCUUUCCCACACGCCACCACCACUUUCAAUCCUGCAACUCAACCACGAAAUCUAUGCCGAAGCAUUGAGAUAUUACUACGGUCUGUGCACUUUGACGUUCAACGUCACGCGUUCCUUCGCACACCAGUCUUUCGUCGAAGACGACGUCAUCCAAGCCCUCAGCGACGCCCCCUUCUCCCCAGUCGAGCAGCUUCGCAAAGUCCGCCUCAUCAUCACCUGGGACACCAUGUUCAUCAAGUCGUGUGGAGAGUCACUGUGCGAGCCCAUCUGGCAGUUCAACCUCCUGCAGCGCGUCCGCGUGGCCAAGGACAUGAUGGCCAAGAUGCCUGGUCUCCAGGAUGUCGAAGUGAAAUACACAGAUUCCGAGGACAGUGCCGAGGCGCAGUACUUACUGUCGCAAGUCCGUGCUAUUCUCGGCGAGUUGGAGAUACUUAAGCCUGAGGUGCAGGUCAGUCUGAAGACGACCUUGCUCGAGAACGCCGCGAGGGUCUCGAGCCAGUCCCUCAUGGGCAAACAGCGCAUGCAGUUCAAACAGAUAGUUGACUGUGGUCAGAACUUCCGCUAGUGGUCAUGGGCCGACACAACGAUGUCUUGAACGGCAGACCUUGUCGAUCAUGUAGAUGCGACCUAUCUAGCUUCGCUGCUUUUCAUGAUGCCGAUGAUCCAGUUCCUGGCAUCACACUUUCUGUUUUAGAAGUCACAACGCCGCGAGGCACUACUUUCUUCAUUAUACUUUUAUAUAAAAGCGUAGUCUUACCAUUCCACUUCACCAAGGAUAGAGACUCGGAUGUAUGCAGAGGAACUCUUGGAGAAGGCAAUGCGCAGAUAUGUAAACCUGCACUCAGAUC